AUGGUGGAGCCGCUGGCGGACAGUGGCAACAUUGCGGUGACAUUCGUGAACUACAACCACCUGGAUUUUGCUAAGAACUGGGCGUAUCACAUGGAGAAGACAGGUUGUACCGCUUACAUCAUGGGGGCCAUGGAUGAGGAAACACUCAAGGAGCUCGUCAAGCUGAACAUUCCUACAUUCUACAUGGCUUCCAACCUCACCACGAAUGACUUUGGCAGAUUCACAAAGGACUUUCUGGAUAUGGGUCGCAAGAAAGCAGCAAUGGUGGAGAGCUUCCUCGCCCUUGGCUUCGACACCCUGGUAUCUGAUGUCGAUGCGGUGUGGUUGCGCAACCCUUUUCCAUUUUUCAAAAAGUUCAAGGACGCUGAUAUGCUUGUAUCUAGUGAGAUUUACCAGACCACUAGUGUUGCCGAGGGGCUGGAGGGUCUCUCGGGAGCUCGUCAUGGUGUCAACAUUGGUGUGAUGUUCCUCCGUCCCAGGGCACUGUCUUUUGUUCAGGAAUGGAUAGCCAACAUGGAGAGCGAUCCCAAGGUGUGGGAUCAGGCGGAGCUCAAUCAUCUUUUCUACAGCAACAUGACUUCAGCGCGCGAUCGCUCCGAUGGUUUGCUGAGUAUCUUCAAUGGGAAACUCGUGGGCGGGGUCUUGCCCAACUCCCUCUUCUGCAACGGCAACAGCUACAUGGAGGAGACGAGCUGGGAUGGAGGCCUGCGCCCGUACUCCAUUCAUGCCAGUGGGAUUCACUCUGCAACCAGCGGAAAGCGCUCCCGCCUGCGAGAGUGGGGAUUCUGGCACGACGAGCCUGAGCGCUUUACGCAUCCAGUCGGGUUCCUGAGCUACGACAAUCAUGUGCCCCUGGAGCUGCUCAAGGAAGUUCGAGACUUCAAUAACCGCUCCUGGACCGUGCCGGGGGUGCUCCCCCACUUCAAGCUCGUCAACGCGCAGCUGUCUCAGCUCCGUGUGGCCCUCGUGGCCGCCAAGGAACUGGGAGGGGCGGCGGCUGUGCUGCCGCACCUGUGGUUUGGCAAAGAGUUCAAUGCCUGGCCAGGUUUUGGGUACUUGCACGAGCCAAGACUCAAGAAGCCUUUUGCCGCCCCUGCAGACUAUACCAUGGACCUCGUAAGGAUGGACCAUGAGAUCCCCAACGAGUAUCGGGAGUUCUCAUUCCUGGGUAAGCCUGAGGCGACAUCCCUGCUGGCUGCGAGGGUUGUCGUCACGAUCUGCCAGCCAGAGGCAGAUGAGGACUGCGAGGAGGGAGAGGCACCGGCCCUUCCCAAGGACGACGCAGUUCGUCUCAAGCCAAACCGCAGCCUCUACCAGCUGCGCACAGCACUGAGCCAUCUGUACAAGAGCUACAAGGUGCCACCUGAGGCUGGGUGGCCCCAUGUCUCCUCACCCCGGGAACCCCAUGCGUGCAGCUCCAUGAGAGUGCGAGCGCCACCAGGGAAAGAGGCGGGUCCAUCAUGUGCACACCCACAAGAACCCCUGCUCCACCGGUGCCUGCAGGUGGUACACUUUCUGGGCAGGAUGGACAGGGCUGUCCUCCUGAGCGCGUCCGAGGUGACCUCCUACAACGAGAGGAUGCGAAGCUGGGCCGGGGCCUUCUGCUGUGUGGAGGGCAAACCAGGGCACAUCUUGUACGACCUCUUCUGGGAUGUGCCAGGGCACAUCAAUCGCUUCAACAAGGUCCAAGAGGGACCUUGGGAACCCAUGCCUGGACCCUAG